AUGGAUUCUGAAAACUCGUAUGAGUAUUUUGUUUCAUCACCUUCAUCAUCGUCAUCAAGUACACAAACAUUUAGCUCAGGAUCAUCAGAUUAUACUUCAUCGUCCUCCUCCUCAUCUUCACAAGUGUCACAUAAGAAAACAUCAGGAAGGAAAAUAUUUAAAGAAACCAGACAUCCAAUUUACAGAGGAGUAAGAGCAAGGAAAAACAAUAAAUGGGUUUGUGAAGUUAGAGAACCAGGUAAUAGCAAAUCAAGAAUAUGGCUUGGAACUCAUCCGAGUGCUGAGAUUGCAGCUAGAGCUUACGAUGUUGCUGCAAUAGCUCUGCGAGGUAAAUCGGCUCCGUUAAAUUUCGAAGAUUCAUUAUGGUUGUUACCUCGCGCUAAGUCAUCAUCUGCUAAAGAUAUUCAAUUGGCUGCUGCCGAAGCGGUCCGCGCAUUUCAAUUGAAGAAUAAAUCAUCCAAGUCCAUUACAUCUAAAUUGACCGAACGGCCAGUUGAAAUUGCCGGGAAAGUCACUGAUAUAGCGACGUUUUUUGAUGAAGAAGCGUUGUAUAAUAUGCCAGCACUGAUUGCCAGCAUGGCCGAAGGAAUGCUACUAGAUCCACCACAAGAGGGUUACUAUUACGACGACGUGGAAAAUAACGUGGACCUCAGUUUAUGGAGCGACUAUUUAUUGGCAUAG